AUGAAGCGAGCCUUGGCCACUGUGUCCCUUAGGCUGAAGAAAAGAAUUGACGGUGCACUUUGUAAGUGACCACAAUAUGACUGACUUUCUGCCAGAUGAACUUCCAAUAUAAUCUUUUUAUUUUGUGCUUUAUUGCUGCUUUGGUCCUGCAUUUGGUUAUAUGUUAUGUGCUUUGCAAAAAAAAUCCCCCCACAAACCUGGAUUCCCGGUGCCCGAAAGAAAAAUUGCAGUGAUCCAAUGCUUUGAACUUUAAGCAGAAAAUUCCUUUUCUAUAUUGCAUUUCUCCAUGUAUGGCAAUAAGAUAUUCUAUUUGCUUCUGUAUAUUCUAACACUGCUUUGAUACUUUAUUUUAGAAAUUAGUGCAGGUUGUACUUCAGGGUAAGGGAGAAGUUUGGUUUGGUUUGCCUUUAAUGUGAACUAGGACAGCCAUGAGGAUUUCUGCUUGGGCGACGGGAUUUCCCCCCUCCCCCUGCAUGCACCCCAUGCCCUCCCCAAAUCUGCCUCAGAAGUUUGUGGGAACUCCUCAACUGAUUUAAGGGGCACAAAGGGGGAGGAGAGGGAGAGAAUGUUCUGUUGUGCAACCAGAAGUCCUCACCCUGAUAGAAUGUUCACCUUAGCUCUGCAUUGAAUUCCACCUAUAAUUUGCACUUCAAGAAACAGUAUGUGAACUGAAAAACACAGCUGUCCCUCAGCAUUCACACUUCUCAUUUUGGAUGCAGCUAACCAGGCAAAAACCUUUAAAAAUAUAUAAUAAUUACACACACACACACACACACACACACACACAUACCCCACCCAUCUGGCUGGGUUUCCCCAGCCGCUAUGUAUAGAAGUGAAAAUAACAUACGAAAAAUGCAUUACAGCAGGGGGAAUUGCAGGCAAAAGUGUGUAUAUUAGGGGAAAUUCCAUACAUAAAUGUGUAUACUUUGAGAAAUGUGCACUAAAACUCUGAUGAAUUUUCAUGAGGACUUUUUUAUGUUUUUUUUAAAUCCACACACAUAGGCUGAUGUGGAAAUGUGGCGAACUCAAUUUAAGAUUGGGAAAAUGAGAAACUGAGAUAAACCCAAACUGACAUAUUCACCCACCCUGUUUUCCACUUCAGUUUCUUAUGUAUUGGAGUGUAAUGUUUGUAUUUAUCUAAUCACUUGGAAAGUGUGUUAGUUAGCAGAAGGGGAUACAAUAAGAGGCCUGCUGAAUCAGACCAAAGACAUGCUGACUGAUCAGGUGCCCAUAGGAAGCCAACAAACAGGAUUUUCUCUACUGGUUAUUGACUGAAAUAUAUGCUUUUUCCUUCUGACCUAAGCCACAUAAAGGGGCAUGGAAUGUCUUUGCUAAAGAAAAAACAUUCUUAACAGCAACAGUCUAACUUGGGACCCCCCAUUGCUGUGGAAAGGCCCAAUUGUACAAGCAAGACAGCCAUUUGUUUGAGGCACCAGGGAAGCACCACACCAUGUGAAAGUGCUGUCACGGUGAAGCCUCUGAUAGCAUGCAUCUGAAUUUGACGUUGCAAGGGUUCCUGGGACAAAGCUCUUUCAUCCUCUGUGGGAGUCACUUGGGGCAGCAAAGAGCCUUGAGCUGGUCCUGGUCCAGUGGUUCUCAAAGGGAGAAAUGGCAAGUGUGGCAGGAAGAUUCAAGGACAAUCAAAGAAACAUGUAAACAUUUCUGUGUAAUAUAGAAUAGUAUUUUAUUUUUCAAAAUAUGGAUAGAUAUCUGUUCAAAAUGAGAGCAAAUUCUGUUAUGUAAAUCAAGCACUGCUGGGAAUUGUUUACUUUUUGGUUUCCAAUGUAUUUCUAAUCAAUAAAAAGAUUGGUGUGGCAUGAGCAAAUUUUCUCUCUGAAAGUGUGGCCCAGAGAAAAACAUUUGAGAGCCACUGUCCUAGUCAGACUGUGCAUAGCAAGAAAGCAAAAUGCUGGAAUUGUACUAUUGUAUUCAAGGGCAAGCUUUGAUAAAUUCAAAGCUCAGCUUUUCAGACGCACCCAAUGGAUUUGCUAAUUUGACUCAAAUAAUCUCUAAAUAAUGCACACAAAACCCCCCGAAUCUGAGUGGCUUGUUUCCAUUUUCAGAGUUAACCGUUCUUCUGUUUUUAGAUUCACCCAACAGUUUUGACGAUGACGACGAUUAUGAUGAUGGGGGUGUUGUGACUGCAAUGACUCCUGCAAGUCAGACAACACCUUUGGCAGACAGAAGAGGCAUGGAUGCUAAGAAAGGUGCGGAAAAUACCUCAGUCUUCUAGUCUUCUUUAGCAUGCAUGGUUAUUAUUGAGACAUUCAUUUCAGCUUGUGAUAUUUAUGAACUAUGCAGUUAGAAAGGCUGGAGAGAUCCUGUCUCAGCAAAUGAGUCAUAGAGCAAGGACAGAGAGGCAGAAGUUGGUAGACUCUAGGGUUGCCAUAUUCCCAAUAGUGAAAAUCUGGACAAAGUUGUUGAGCUCCCCCUUCCCCCUUUUUUAUUUUCAUUUUGGGACUUUUCCUGAAUUGGCCAGGCUUUCCCGGACAUUUUGCUGAUUCAGAAAAAUCCACCCAGAUGCCAUUUUUCUGAGUGAUUCCCAGAUGUGUCUGGGGAAACCUGGACGCAUGGCAGCCCUAGUAGACACCAUCUGCCAUCAUCCCUGUCCGCAGGCACACUGAGUGUUGGAGUCCAAGCUCUUCAGGAGGGACACAGGAGGUUCUCCAUCCCUGCCAUAGAGGUUCCAUGGUAACCACCAACAGAACACAAAUGAGCCACAAAUGGGCAUCCUUACUUCUUGUGGCAGUGGAUUCCAUACAUUUAUUCAGCAUUGUCCGAAGAAGUACUUCUGUUCUUUCUCUCAGCCUUUCCUUUUACAAAUCCUGGACGAUUUUAAGCAAACAAAAUCAAAACAGUUAUUCAGAGCCUUUGUCUAAUUGUGCGACCAUUGUAUCAUGCUGCUUCCCCCCCCGAAGGCGGAGUCUCUAAGUUUAGCUAUUCUUUUUCUCCUCAUUUCUGUCUUCUAUAUUAAAGAUCUCUGUUCCCUCACACACAAUUAUAAUGGGAGGAGGAGAGGAACCAGACACUUGAAUAGACUAUAGUCAAUUCUAAAAGUGUCUGGAGUCUAAAUUCUAAAUGUGGCUUAUUUCACUCAACAUAAGCUGCUGUUUGUCAAGCAGCUAGUGUGAAACAUGAGCUCCUGGACAAAUGGGACAAAGGCUGCCCCAUUAAACUGAGGCCCUCUUCUUACAGUGCAGCAGCACCCUUAAACUUCACCAGCUCUCCCCCACUGAGCUGCCUUCAAGAACUGAGCUAUGCCCAAUAUGGUAUGUAGAGGGAGCUCCACCUGCUCACACAGUUUGAAACUUUAGUGAAACUUCUUAGGGUCCAGAUUAGAAUGUGGUUAAUGCAUUAAAUUAACCGCAAGCUCUUACAGACUCAUUUUAAAAUUGUUGACUAUUCAGCUUGAAACUGACACAUUUCGCAAGAGAGGAAUGCAUGGCUAUGUCCCUCUACUAACUUGUUGAAUAGUUGGUGGAUUUCAUCAUGGUGGAGUGAGGAAAAAGGGAGUGAUUCUGCAUUUUUCAUGCACAUUAGCAGUUUUAUCGACUUUGUAUGUCUGUGACGUGCUCUGUUUCUAAUCCCAAACUCCUGAAUUUGUACUGUAUAGUCGUUGAUCCUGGAUACAGCCCAAGCUAUUCAAGUAUCAAUGCCCUUCCUUCUGAUGAAGCGACAAGUAAUUCAAAUUGUGGUAUGUAUUCCAAAUGGCAUCUAGAUGAUGUGUGCACUCAACCUGUAGCCAUCCUAUCUUACCGCUGGGCUAAAUAUAAUUUCUUUUAACAUAAAGGGCUUAGCCUUAGGGGAAUCAGCAGGUACCUUGGGAAAGAGCUGACAUGGUUGUUCUUCAGGAGACCCACCUCCAAGCUCCUGAGAUGGAUUGGUUGUGAAAAGACUGGUUGGAGUGAGCACUGGGCACAGGGGGCUCCGCCAAAUCUAGGGCAGUAGCAAUCCUCUUGCCAGAAGUAACUCACAGAUGUGAAUCAGAGACCCCUCAUGGAGGUCCCAAUAUCUAUAUGGAUGAGAAUAAUUAUCUCUUAAUUAAUGGUUAUACUCAAAAGACUGAGGGUCCCUUGGGUUUGACACCAUUCAUGCAAAGGUCGCACAAUUACAGAACACCACUAUCAUUUAUGGGGAAGACUUCAAUUAAACCUUUAAUUUUAUUGAGCAAGAGCAUAUACAAAGAGGGGACUUCCCAAGCAAAGGAGGCACCAUGUGUUUCCACAGCCCUAGAAUGUCUGAUGACUCAGCUAAACUGUGGUCCAAGAUUUUAUGUAUAUACAACUGGGUCAAGGCAAGGCUUUUUCCCCUUACAUCUGUGUUGGUUAGCUUUUGUGUAACCAAAUGCACGGUAGAUCCCAUAUUAAUCUCAAAUCAUAGCUCACAUUUAACACACCCAUCCUCAACACCCUGGAUGUGCCUCACAUUGGAAAGUUAGCUCCACACCAUGUAGGAAGGUGGUCUAUAUCUUAUGGUUGGAGGUUGCAGUAACAUAAUUCUUGGAGCACAAUAAUAAACAGGCAGUAAAACUCCUCUGGGACAGGGGUGGCAAAUCUUUGCCCACCUCCCCCACAGUGUUGUUGGACUCCAGCUCUCAUGAGCCCCAGCCAACAUGGUCAAUGGUCAGGGAUAAUGGGAACUGGAAUCCAACAACAUCUGGAGGGCCACGGAUUAGCAGAACCGAUGCAAGAGAUUGCAGCACAAGCCCCAUUCCUCCUCUCCCCCUACUUUUGCUUUGUGAGAGCAUCACUGGAGGUCUCUUGGCUACCACCUCCUCCCUGCCUCACUGAGGAAGGGCCAAGGGAGUCCUUCCUCAGAGUGAUGUAUUCUGGGAUAGAUGGGCAGGAGAACACUGCUGCUGCAGUAGCUGGAAAUGUCUACAUUUAGUAAAAUGUUUAAACAGUAUUUCCAGCUGCUGCAGCAGCAAACCACAUCACUGGUCAGAGGCCCCAAUUUCUUUGGGGGGGGGGGCUCCCCCCAAGUCCAAAGACCUCAUGAGGAGGCCAAGCACGGAGCUCAGCAUGGCCACGGAGGAGAAAGAGGCUGGAAGCAGCUCCCGAAUAAUAUAUGAGGAGCUGGAAUCUGGGGGGAGGGAUGGAAGUGUGGGGAUUGGGUUAUCAGAUGAUCUAGAUGCAACUUGGACUACCCUGAUUGUGUUCCACCUGCAAAUCAGAAGUGUUAUGUGUGACACAUGCUUUUUAUCCAUAGAUAAAUACAUUUUUGCUUUGGCUUUCCUUUCCUUUUUCCUUUCGGUCCUCUACCCCCCUCGACACACACACACACACACACACACACACACACAUAAGAGAGAAAUGGGAAGGAGGGAAGGGGCUAAUAGGGACUGCCAAUAGAUUAACAAUAAAAUGCAAAUAAUUUUUUUUUAAAAAACCCCACAUUCAUUUCCUCACAAGCCUGCUUAUGUUUAGCUUGUGACUAGGAAAAGCUGUUUCACAAAAACAUAAGAAGAGUCCUAGCAGAUCAGACUAAAUAUCUCUUUAGUUUAGCAUCCUGACUCCCACAGUGGCUAAGCAGGUGGCUCUGGGAAGGUCACAAGCAGGUAACAUGUGCAAUAUCUCUCUCCUGUUCAUGGUCCUCAGCAACCAGUAUUCAAAGGCAUCGCCUCCAUUUUCCUUUAGCGUCAGUGGACACAGAAUUGGGAAUUUUGAUAUUAUUGUAGUAUCUCAUCUUUGCUGAUCUACGGCAUAAAUCCGACCUCAUUAAUUUAGCUACUUAACGUUAAAAUAUGAGCAUAUUCUUAAGCAGCUGCAAUAUCACUUCUUCCAAUAUUUAUACAGUGUAAAUUCUCACAGGUGUUUCAUUGUUUACAUAACUCUAUUAAAUCUGCAAUUAGGUUCACAGAAAGCAAGAAGGAAACUCCCUGAGUCACCAGACAAACCCACUUAAAACCAGACCAUAAUUCUGUCUCAUUUACGCUGGUAUAAAGAGCAAUAAUCUUUAUAGCAUUGUAUAAUUUUACACUGUCAUGGGGUUGAGGCUUCAGCUCAGUAGAAGAACUCAUAUUUUGUACGUGGAAGGCCCCCAGUUUCAGUCACUGGUACCUCCAGUUACCAUUUCCUGAUAUGUCCAGUUAGAACCACUGCCUGGUUGAGACUCUGGAGAGCUGCUGUCAGUCAGAGUAGACAGUAUUGGAUGAGAUAGAUGGUGUAAGUUCCACACAGCACAGACUUUCUCCUUUGCAAGAUCACUUAGAUCCCCAUGAUCAUAAUAGGAAGGAAAAGAUCCAGUUUCAGGAUCAUUACCUUUCUUAGUUUUGAUUGUUGGGGAGCAAUUACUUCUUUGUGGGCUCUAAAUUAUUUCUAUAUGACUUAUAAAAUUCCCCACUUCCUCCCACCAAACUCUUGUUUCCUCUACUUCUGAUUCCCAUCCAUCCCCUUUUACAGUCUACAUGUUCUUUCUCAUACCCCUUAUUUUUCUGAGACUAUUACGUACUUCAGUUUUCUAAUGGAUUGGGACUUAUACACAUAACUCUCCCAGUAGGUGGCAACCCUCUCCCAACAAGUGAAUUGGAUUUGCUACAUGGAAUUGCGGGGUGGAGGAGAAGUUGCAGAAAUCAGAGAACACGGUGUACCAUAAUCAGCUGUAGGGCUUAUGGUUACUAUGCAAUACCAGGUUAUAGCCGGUCAAGUCGUCCAGGAGGCUAAUCACAUUGGCCAGACAUAGUAGUAUUUCUAGAUAGCAUCUUUUGACUCUUGAAGCUUACAAUGACAAAUACAGUUCCUCUAAUAUUCAUUUGCCUUGGUUGUAUAAAAUGUAUGUACAUUCCUUUUAGAUUGGUCCAACUGUCCUCAACAGCAGCAUUAACCAAGCAUAAAGCAAAAUGUUUUAGAUGGUUUAGUACUGAUUUACCCUCACCUUCAGCAUUACUUUUUCAACAUGAAAAGAUCUAAUAUUUUGAGCCUUUUCUUACAUAACAGGUAAAAUUAAAAUUUAAAUAAAGGAGCAUUGUCCAGACUCAUUUAUGUUGUCUCCCAAUUUAUGUGGUUUCUUUUCAGUUGAGGUGGCCCAACCUAUGCACAGAGACAGCUUGUCUCCCCCUGGAACUCAGAAUAGAAAUUGGGAACCUUGCUGUGAUUGUGCACAAACACCUGCACACUCACACAUGUUACAUGACUUUGACCCCCUUUGUUAUUCAUUUGAAAAGGGGAGGUCACCAUUUGUUCCUUCUGUUUAUUUAUUUUUUAAAUGUUGCAAAUAAAACGCUUCCACUAAUCUUCACUUCUACAGCUCCUGCCAAUGCUGAGUCUCCGCAAAGGAAAGACAGCAGAAGAAUUCAUGUUUUCAUCCUUUAUGUCUUGGUAGCCAUCUGCUUUGUGAUGUUGUCAGCGCUACUCGUCUUGGUCCUGGUGAACUGUAAGUGAUCCACUUCGGAUGAAAGGAAGUCUGUAUAAAUCAGGAAUGUGGAUUGUGUUGAAUCCCAACUCCCAUCAGCCCCAGCCAGCAUGACCAAUGGUCAGGGAUGGUGGAGUCCAACGAUAUCUGGAGGGCUGUAGAUUGAUUCCCCAUCUCUGGUGGAAAUGGAAAAUUGGAAUUGUCAGAAACUGCAGGGGUUAGAAAUGGGGACCCACGAAUCCAGGCAUACUGCCCUGUAUGGAAAACUAUCCAUGAGGGAUAGCUCAGCCAGUGGAGCAUGAGAUUCUUAACCUCGGGGUUGUGGGUUCAAGUCCCACUUUGGACAGAGAUUCCUGCAUUGCAGUGGGUGCCUUCCAACUCUACAAUUCUAUGAUUCUAUCAUGGCUAUAAUUGGUUCCUGGGACUGCAUGAGUAAUAACAGUCUUUUCUAACCUUUCUCCCUUUGGCUUUGUUCCUAGUACUGUUCCUCUCACCUGGCUCCCACUUGUGAGUGGGCUCAGCUUUGAAAGCUAUUUCUAAAACACUUUUUUAAAAAUCAGAUUUUUGAAAAAUGCUUAUGUUUUUUAAUGAAUAAAAUCUGAGACUAUGUUUCUUUAUUUAGCAAUAUUUAUAUUCCGCAUAUCAUAUCUAUACCGAAGCAGUUUAUAGUUCUCAAAGGCAACCCACUUAAGGAAAUGUGAUACUAAUAGAAACACAUUGCAAUAAAUGCACAUUUAAAUACAGUCAUCUGUUAAGUAACCAGAACAGUUCUCAAAUCCAGAUAUCAGAUUACUGCUCUCCAAUGCACUCUCCCUUCCAAACCACCCUGAACUGGAAGGAGCCAGUGAUAAAUGCAUUCCAGUGACCUAGCAUCUGCCGCCUUUGCCUGAAUCUGCUGCUACUGCCACUGGAAAGGUCUAAAGAACAAAUUCCUUGGCCCAAUUGAAGCAUAUUCAGCAUAUGGAUGAGGGCCAUCAGCUUAUAUGCAAGGAGGACAUGGUUCAAAGCAAGGUUUAUUUUGACAGCACAACAAAAUGUAGAAAAACUACAAAAGAAAUCUAAUUUUCUUUCUUCAGACUCUGGACUAUCAGAGGAGAUACAAGCUCUGCACUUGAACCAAUCAGAGAUGCUGCUGAGAGGUAGGUAGUAUGGCUCUUUAAUAUGUAAGGUGGAGGCUGAGAUGUCCCACAAUGGCUGUGCAGGGCAGGGUAAUGGCCCCCAGCACAGGCCCCAGUUGUGCUGGACUGCAGUUGCCACUCACCGGCAGCUGAUGAUAACCGGUACUUGUGGCAUCACCACUGACAGUCUGAACUCUUAAUGCACUACUAGAUCAAUAGCAAAGCAGGAAUGGCAGCCUAUGGCCCUAACACACUGCUUUUUUGGGUGGACAUUUCGAUUUGUCUUUCAGUGAAGAAGGACCUGGAUCAUGUGCAGGAGGCACAAAAGAUUAUGGAAAGAACCAUAAGCAACAACUUCAGUGAACUGCAGGAUAUCACAGGUGAGACGUCCCUGGAAACGUUAUUUAUCUUGAUUAUUUUCCUUCUGGCUUGGUCAUCCUGGGGGUCUAAAAACAUAGGAGAAGUCCCAGGCAGUGCCAUCACUAGGAAGGGAGGAGAGAAGGGAGAAUUCCUAUUGAACCGUGUAGUAGCAAAAGGGGAGGAGAAAUCCAGUUCUGCCCACAUUGCGAUCUGAGCAGUUGCAAUCCACCAGGCAAUCCAUGUUGGACUUUCUCUGCCUAAUCCAGAAUAGGGGGAGGCAGCUCCCAGGGCAAGUCAAAGUUAGGUAAAGGUACCCCUGCCCGUACAGGCCAGUCGUGUCCGACUCUAGGGUUGUGCGCCCAUCUCACUUAAGAGGCCGGGGGCCAGCGCUGUCCGGAGACACUUCCGGGUCACGUGGCCAGCGUGACGAAGCUGCUCUGGCGAGCCAGCACCAGCACAGCACACGGAAACGCAGUUUACCUUCCCGCUAUAAAGCGGUACCUAUUUAUCUACUUGCACUUAGGGGUGCUUUCGAACUGCUAGGUGGGCAGGAGCUGGGACCGAAAGACGGGAGCUCACCCCGCCGCGGGGAUUCGAACCGCCGACCAUGCGAUCGGCAAGCCCUAGGCGCUGAGGUUUUACCCACAGCACCACCCGCGUCCCUUAAGUCAAAGUUGGUGCCCCCUAACCUAAUUGUGGGCAUCAUGUGGGCCACGGGUGGACUUGGCUGUGCCCCUGCUGCAGCUGCUCCUCAUGGAGGUCCCCUGCCAGUCACUGCAUUUCCCUCUCAGCUCAGCAAGCUCCCAGUGGGAGAAGCGACUGGCACUCCUUGGCAGGCUUGGCAGCAUCCCAGCAGCACUGGAGCCACAGCUGCUGCAGGCCUAGGAGGAGGGCAGUGGAGCACAGGCUAAAGCACCAAGUGUAGCCCUUCCCCAGCCAUCUCUCUUUGGCCGCACAGCGCAAGGGCGGGCACUGGCAGGUCUCAGGUGAGCGGGUGGCCCUCCUCCCUGCUGGGGAAGGACUGGUGUGGGCUGGGGAAAGCUCAGGUUCCAGCUGGUGGGAGUUCCACCCAGGUGCAGGCAUCCCUUCAUCGGCUGUGAGAAGGAGGUGUCACCGCAGCCCUGAAGGCCCAGCCCGGGUGCAGCUCUUCUCCCCAUGACUUCGGAACAUGGCAGCCCAUUGACAUGCUUAAUUGCUGGCUGCUGCUGCUGCUGCUGUAUAUUCUGAAGUCCCCAAGUAGGGUACAGUGUUAACAGAGUGUUGCUCUACAUUUACUUUGUAGAAUUCAUCUGUAGCAGCAGAAAUUACUCUCAUCCGUGCCCCAAGGACUGGAAGACUAAAGAGAAGAACUGCUAUUACAUUUCAGAAGAGGCGAAAAACUGGACCGAUGCUCUGUGGCAGUGCAUUUAUAAUAGGGCUUAUUUGGUCAGCAUUUGGUCUGAUGAUGAACAGGUUAGUCUUCCUACAUCAUCAUGAUUCAGAAUGGACAGACAUGCCCAUUUUUGUUCUUGACAGUUUCUCAUUUUUCCUAGUCUUUAAGUUUAAUUCUGCACAUUUUCGCAUCAGUUUGUGAUUUCUUUUUUAAUCCCCACGAAAAUUUAUCAGAACUACAGAUUUUUGGGUGCAAUCUUCCAUAAUAUACACAUUUUAGCAAACAUUUUUUUCUAAUACAAUGCAAUUUUAUAUGGUCAUUUUAAUUAAUAUAUGCAUUUUAUGCACAAAUAGGAUGCAUUUUUAUACACAAUAUUUCGUUGGAGAACUGCAACACAAAAUUCAGAGAAGUGUGAAUUCUGAAAUAUAGCUAUGUUUUGGUUGACCUUUUGUUUCAGGAAGUGCAAAUUAAGUAGGCUCACAUUACAAUGCAAACUGAACCCAAUUUCUUGCCCAUUCCUAUUGAUCAGGUGGAGCACCAUUCCUUGUGAGGUAUUUGCCAUUAGCAUGGUGUUCCCUGGGUACUAUUAAGAAAGCAAGCUUUUUUGAUGAGGGGGGGAGCCACAGCAGCUUUUCCUAGUAAGCUAGUUCCCUUCAAAAAUGAUUCUAUUUUCUCCCUCCAAAAAUUUUAUUGCCAAAAAUUGUUUCCUUAGCUUUCACUGCCUCCAAACACACCUUGAGGGCAUUUUGGUACAACACUUCCCCUGCAUAGUCUGACAGUGGUACCUCUAGUUACGAACUUAAUUUGUUCCGGAGGUCUGUUCUUAACCCAAAACCGUUUUUAACCUGAGGCGCGCUUUCGCUAAUGGGGCCUCUUGCUGCCGCUGCGCCGCCGGCACAUGCUUUCUGUUCUCAUCCUGGGGUAAAGUUCUCAACUCAAGGUAACUCUUCCAGGUUAGCAGAGUUUGUAACCUGAAGUGUUUGUAACCUGAGGCACUUGUAACUCGGGAUAUCACUGUACCAUUCAAAAGAAGUAUUCCAAUAUUAUAGAUUAGUGGCAAGAAAUAUGCCCUUCGUUUCCUUAACCAUCUUUCAUUGGAAAUGUGUCCCUCUAAUUUCAGUGGCAUUUUGCCUUCUACUUGCUCAUUAGUGAGGAGAGGGCGGUGGCCUGAGGAGACCUCUGUAGGCUGGAUUCGGAUGCCUUGAGGUCUGGACCUGGAUGAUGGUCAGAAGCUCCACCACCCCUGCUCUAGUACUGUUUUUUAGGAUUGCAGUUCAAAUGUAAUCUAGAUUAUUUCUCAUCCCAGGGUUUCCUGAGAGAUAACAUCCACAGGGCAAGCACAUACUGGCUGGGUGCAGCUUACAACGAAAAGGAGGGAAAGUGGAGGUGGAAAGAAGGCGAUUUGCUUAUAUCUACAGCGUGAGUACAUUUCGAAGUAUUUACAUGUUAAAAACAGACUGUUUCAUGAUGCACAUUCCCAUAGGCCUCAAACCAUGUGUGCUGAAGAAAUGCAAGGGGUGGAGGUAACCUUUAAGACAUGACAAGGGACAUCAGUGUUCAGUAUAAUGAAAUAACCAGAUUCUAGACUUGUGAUGUAGCCAGUCUUUUAGAUUCUAAUAUCAAGAUUUUAGCCAGCCUUUGGGAACUUUGUGGUGGUGUUGGCGGUUCUAUGCUGAUAACAAUUAUUCCACAAUCCCUCUCCCUCUCUUUCUUUUCUAGUUUUUGGGAUAUAGGACAGCCACAGGUGGGUGCUGAAAAGGAAUGUGGUGUCAUGCAUCCCAACGGAACAUGGGCUUCCGCUGUGUGUUCCCUUCCCUAUCGAUGGAUUUGCAAAAGGAGACUGUUCUGCUGA